CGGCCGGUCCCGCCUCGCGCGCCGGUUUCGAGCUCGGCGUUUUUCCCAGCUCGGGUCCGGGCGGGCCGGGGCUCGGGGCCGGGACUCUCUGGGAGGGGGGGCGGGGAUGGCGCAGCUCGAGGGGUACUACUUCUCCGCCGCCUUGAGCUGCACGUUCUUAGUGUCGUGCCUCCUCUUCUCUGCCUUCAGCCGGGCGCUGCGGGAGCCCUACAUGGACGAGAUCUUCCACCUGCCUCAGGCGCAGCGCUAUUGCGAGGGCCGCUUCUCCCCCGCGCAGUGGGAUCCCAUGAUCACCACACUACCUGGUCUGUACCUGGUGUCAGUUGGAGUGGUCAAGCCCGCCAGCUGGAUCUUUGGAUGGUCAGAACAUGUCGUCUGCUCCAUUGGGAUGCUCAGAUUUGUCAAUCUUCUCUUCAGUGUUGGCAACUUCUAUUUACUCUAUCUGCUUUUCCGUAAAGUCCAACCCAGAAACAAGGCUAUGUCAAGUAUCCAGAGAAUCUUGUCAACAUUAACACUAGCAGUAUUUCCAAUACUCUAUUUUUUUAAUUUCCUUUAUUACACAGAUGCAGGAUCUGUGUUCUUUACUCUUUUUGCCUAUUUGAUGUGUCUUUAUGGAAACCAUAAAACUUCAGCCUUGCUUGGAUUUUGUGGCUUCAUGUUUCGCCAAACAAAUAUCAUCUGGGUUGUCUUCUGUGCAGGGCACAUAAUUGCACAUAAAUUGACUGAAGCUUGGAAAACUGAGCUACAGAAGAAGAAGGAAGAGAGACUUCCUCCUGUUAAAGGACCAGUUUCAGAAUUCAGCAAAGUCCUUCAGUUUCUGCUGGUAUAUUCCAUGUCAUUUAAGAACCUAAGUGUGCUCUUCUUACUGACGUGGCCCUACAUCCUUCUGGUGUUUGUGUUCUGCACCUUCGUAAUAGUGAAUGGGGGAAUUGUUAUUGGGGACCGUAGUAAUCAUGAAGCCUGUCUUCAUUUUCCUCAGUUAUUCUACUUUCUCUCCUUUACUCUCCUCUUUUCCUUCCCACACUUAGUGUCUCCUACCAAAAUUAAGGUGUUUCUUUGUUUAGUGUGGAAACGUAGGGUUCAGUUUGCUCUGAUUACUUUACUCUCAAUAUUUUUUGUGUGGAAGUUCACUUAUGUUCAUCAAUACUUGCUAGCGGACAAUCGACAUUACACAUUUUAUGUGUGGAAAAGAGUUUUUCAAAGAUAUGAUGUUGUGAAAUAUUUGUUAGUACCAAUCUAUAUAUUUGCUGGUUGGACUAUGGCUGACUCUUUGAGAUCCAAAUCAGUUUUCUGGAAUUUAAUGUUUUUUGUAUGCUUAGUCACUUCAAUAGUUCCUCAGAAACUUCUAGAAUUCCGUUACUUCAUUUUACCUUACAUUAUUUAUAGACUUAACAUACCUCUGCCAUCCAUACCCAGACUUGUUUGUGAAUUGGGCUGCUAUGCAGUUGUUAAUUUUAUAACGCUUUAUAUCUUCCUGAAUAAGACUUUUCAGUGGCCAGAUAAUCAGGACAUUCAAAGGUUUAUGUGGUAAUGUCAAGGAUACGUUGAACCUUAGAAGUAGACUUUAAUAUUUAGAAUAUUUCCACAAUAAAUAACUGAAUAUAUAGACAUUACAGAUUUUUUUAGGCACAAUGGUAAUUCAGACCACAUCAGAUUUUUUUAACAUGUUUUCAAUAAGCACAUAUAACAAAUACAAGGUAGUUAGAGCCAAGAAACUCAAGACCUACCUGAAAAGCCUAAAUAAUUGUAAAAUGAAGUUGUUUACAAUUAUCUCAUGUCUCUGAUACUGCUAACUGCUCCAAAAGCUUGGAAACAUGGUAUAUACAAGUUUAGGAAAUUGAGUAUGCAUCAUAGCACUGGAACUAAUGUACCAAUUCUCUUCAGAAGGAAUAGUAUUCGAAAAAUAUUUACAAAUGAUCCAGCAAUAUUUGAUGGAAAAAUUAUUUAAAAUAUUCAGUAAAUAUAAUUUCAAUCAUAAGUUAGAAUAGAUUUGCAUGCAUAGUAAACUAUAAGCCAGAGGCUCAUUAUCUAGGAAUCAAGUUGAGGGUUUUUAUUUAACAUCUAGAAAUGAUGAAACUAUCCCACUAACUCCUAACAUGCACUGUAUAAAGGCCAAAGAAAAAUGGUGUGGUAUUGAUUAU